AUAAAUUCAUAUACAUAUGUUUAUACACAUAAACGCAUAAAGCGCACAUGUUCCCAGACACAGAUUUUUGGAUACUGUGUUAGGAAUCUGAAAGAGUGCACGUUCACAUGCUGCGUGAAUCGCUCCAUUUGCAGGGGCGGACUGACCAUUUGGAAACUCGGGCACUGCCCGAGGGCCCGGGUCAGUAGGGGGCCCCAUGAGAUGCCCCUGGUACCUUAUUCAUAGGCUUUUUUUGAGUUUUGGCAAGGACACAGGGGCCCCAUGAUCCCCUAUUGCCCGGGGGCCCCAUGAGUUGUCAGUCCACCCCUGGGUA